AUGGGCCGAUUUUUAAAUGGAGAAGUGAAGACGUCCUGCUCGCGUGUCUCCGCACGGCGUGGCGAGGGGAAAGGAAGGAAGGAAGGAAGGGGGUGGGGGAACAAAAAGAAGAAAAAAAAAAGAAAAAAGGAGGGCUCUGGGAGACUUUGCGCUUCAGGACGUGACGUCGAUUUGAUGGCGGGUUGUCCCGCGGAUGAACUGCGGGAGAUCUACCAGGAACUCACUCAGCCAUGCAACCACGACAACACGUAUGUGACAGUACAGCCGAGUUGGCUUCACAGCGCCGCUCUGCGCUCCACCAGCGGGAAGACGCACCCAACAGCGGUGGGAAUUUCUUCUCGCAAUGGGCGACCUGUUGCUGCUGGAUACCCGUCUCUGCCUAUGAAUUGCCGUGAGGCGUGUGAGGGGGCGUCUGGCAGCAGCGAGCAGACCUCCACGAGCGGCCAGAAUGCCAUGCGAAAGAGCCCUGUUUCUUUGGGUCUGGUAGAAACCCCCAGUGGGAGUGCGGGAAAAGGGAAUCGACCGACGCGGGUGAAUCAGUCGCAUAGAACUGGCCUGGAAUCGAAUAUGUGUCUUCCUGAGGCAAUGACCAGUAAAGUACCGGAUGCCGGUGGAAUGAACACCAGACAUUCUGGGUUUUUUCUCUCUACGCCAACAGAACACCGUUGGACCUGCUGGUUAUGUGAAACGCCAUGCGCCCGGCCAGGCUGGUUGAACGCACCUGAACUAUACUUGGGUGAGGAAGAAGGAGCUGACAUGGAUGAUUAUUAUCAGCAUCAUAAACAUCAUCUCCCUGUUACUUUGCUCACAUUGUGCUCACGUUGCAGCGCUGCCUGCUCGUUGCCUGCAGAUGCGUCGCAUGCUUCCGUGUUAAGGAAGGCGGGCGCAACACACGUCUUGUUGCAACGCACCGAGAUGUUUGUUCAAUUCUUGCGAGGAUUUAAACGGCUACUGGAGUCACUCGCUAAAAUAGAGGAGACGAUGGUCUCGGAUGCGAGGGUCUACGCGGGCGGGACACGUCCUUCCCUGUGGGAUUUUCACCCAGAUUUCCAGUCGAGUGUGAUGCAUCAGCUUAUCGAUAUGUUGGCCUCCACGUUGGAGGCGGACUCGCUGCAAUCGCGUCGGCAACAGGUGGAUGUGUUGUCGGCUCAUGAGAGACUUCUAUUAGAGGGGGAACGCGUGUGGCUUCAGCGACAGUUGUCGACUAUCGAAGAGAAUGGACCGUCGCCCAUGUGGCUGCUACGCACCGCGGUUGUACCGCUCUCAACCGCUGAGAACGGGAUUAUGUCACAUGACGUAUCGCAUGCACCUCAACGCGGACUACAAGAUGAAAGGAGAAAACUACACGCUAAGUUGCGACCUUGUUUUCUUUCUGCGAAAACGGAGCCAGGAGGUUGGCGGCACGAUCAACGUAACCGUGUUGUGCAGGGCGGAGAAGGGAGUAACGAGGCCCUUCAACACAUGAUGGAACGUGCACUGACCGCACGGUGGCACCAAUUGGGUGAUGGGUCGGCGUCAUCGGCGAACGUGACGGACACGCCUGCCACGAAGAAUGACAAAAGGGACAACCAGCAGCUUCACUCUCCAACUUUUGUUUCGCUACCCAAAGACGCAGGCGGAGGAGGGGCUCGGUUAAUACAUGAAGAUCCCGACAACAUUCUUUUACACUAUUUUGAAGGGCGACUGGAGGAUUUGCCGAAGUUUAAAUUACUCUCAGUGGAUGCCACGCGAGGCGGGGGGAACAAUGAGUGUUUGCCGCAGCCUUUCCGUCACGUACCAGGCACACACCGUAGUUCCUGUGGUGACUUAGCAAAUGUGUCCUCUGAUGUCGUGCUGGUUGCUGCGGAUGAUGCUGCUGCCGUUUCCAUGGAUACGGAGGGAUUGCUGAAACAUUUGCGCGAGGAACAGAAACGCCGUGAGGAGUCGGAAGCGGCUUUGCGCGAGAGCCAUCAGAAGAUUGCCGCCCUUGAAAAGGCCACGGAUCAUAUUUCCGGAUUGGCCCUUGACUUGGAAUACGUGUUGGGGGAGCAAUUGGCAGGGAUGUGGCGAUUUCUGCGCAACACGACACAAGGUUGCGUGGAUGUCAUGAUGCAGAAGUCUCUUCUCUUCUCAGAUGAAAUGGCCGCUCUGAUGCGCCAGGCGCAGAGGCAGGCGUAUGGUUUAAAUGGAAUGUUUCCACCAACUCAUGCGGGAAGGGCCUUCGAAGCACGUCGCGAUCUCCCCUCAUCGGCACCGGUGACAUCACCGAACGGUGCACUUGCGGAAUCCAAUGUUGAACGUCUCCGCUCCUGCGCCAACUCGCCUGCUUCUUGUGCGGCCGGAAUCGGUCCUACUCAUGCGUUGUGA